AGAGUGUGAAAGAGUGAAGAAGAUAACAGAAAUUGAAAUGGAGAAGUUAAGCGUGAGCCACAUGAACGCUCGUUUCGCAUUUCCCAAUCGCUCUUUCGAUUUUCUUCAAUUUAAGCACUCGAUUUUCUUCCUCAAGUUCCCCAAUACGAACCAGAAUCCGAACCCAAACCCGAACCUCCUUCGAUUGCGCAGGCUCAAUUGCUCAGUAUCCGACGGCACCGUUCCGUCUUCUGUUGGUGCCACGGACUCGACUCUUGUGGUGAAGAAGAAGGCAGCAGAGGUGUCUUCUGACCUCAAAGGGACCUCCAUAUUUCUGGUUGGAAUGAAAAGUUCUCUCAAAACCAGUUUGGGAAAGCUGCUGGCUGAUGCAUUACGGUAUUAUUAUUUUGACAGUGAUAGUUUGGUGGAAGAAGCUGUAGGUGGUGCUCUGGCUGCAAAAUCCUUUAGAGAGAGUGACACAAAAGGCUUCUAUGAGUCUGAGACUGAAGUACUGAAGCAAUUAUCUUCCAUGGGUCGACUAGUGGUUUCUGCAGGCAAUGGAGCUGUGAUAAGUCCAACUAAUUUGGCACUUGUGAGACAUGGAAUUUCGCUGUGGAUAGAUGUGCCUCUAGAUCUUGUGGCUAGGGAUGUAACAGAAGACCAGAGUCAAUUUACUCCAUCUGAAAUAUCUAUUUCAGGAUCAUACCCAGAGGUAAAGGAUGAACUAGGUGCUCUAUAUGAUAAAUACAGAGCUGGAUAUGCUACAGCUGAUGCUAUUAUUUCAGUUCAAAAAGUAGCAUCUCGGUUGGGUUGUGACAACUUAGAUGAAGUUACAACAGAAGACUUGACUUUGGAGGCUCUCAAGGAAAUUGAGAAGUUGACCAGAGUAAAGAAGAUGAUCGAAGAGGCUGCAAGACCAUUUUAAUCAACCUUCACAUUCUACCUUCCUUUACCUGUAAUCAAACGGGUCAAUAUAAAACAUUUUUGAAUCUGCUACCCUUGGUUUAGCAUCUCAAAUUUCAGUUUUCUUCCAUGAAA